CAUAAAUGUCGUAUAAUGUAUGAAAUUUUAAACAAAAUUAUUAUAAUCAUUGAAAUCACAAUUACUUGCACCACAAGCAGUAUUCAUUCUGCUGUAUCUUCAAUGACUUUUAAGUGGUCUGUUUCCACAAUGGAUAAUAUACACAUCCUGGACCCAAGAAAACAAGAGCUUUUAGAGGCUAGAUUAUUGGGAAACAGAAGUUUCAAUAAUAAUAUGCAAGAACAAUUAUUACAGGGACAACAGCAAGUUAAUCAGAAUACUGGUAUAAUGCAGAGUACUAGUGGAUUGAAUUUAGCAAUUGGUGCUAGUAAUAGUAAUAGCAAUAAUAAUCAAGAUUCUAAUCUAAGUGCUGCCAGUGGCAGCUCUGUGAAUAGUGAUAAAGAAUCAGAGUCACCUGACAAAUACCCUCAACACAGACCACAGACUACAGAAAGGAAAAGAAAGAGAAAAGAAGAUACACCAAAUGCAUCUGAUUUGGUAUAUUCAGGAAAAAACACAAGACCUGAAUCAGCAAAAAAAAUAAAUGAAUAUUUUAAGUAUCCUCCAUCUCCACAAGCAACUUCUUUACAAUCUCCUUUAUCUUCUGCAAUGGGAAGUAGUUUGGAUUACUCUCAGUUAAUGGCCCCUUUGCAGAGAAGUUCGCAAAUGGUGUUUCAUCGGGCUGUACAAACAGAUCUUACCAUAAAUAAAAUUAAAGAAUUAGAAAGCAAAUCUGCAAUGGAUUUAGAAAUAAGAGACAAUAGAAUUGAUGAGUUGCAAAGGGCUAGUGAUGAGUAUAAAAGACAAGUAAAUGCUCAGCAGAAGUUAAUAGAUAAACAGAAAGAACAGCUAGCUAAAUGUUUAAGUGUAACAAAGCAAUUAUUAAUAGAGAAGAGCACAAUGGAAAAGAAAGCUGCAAGGCAAAAAUGCAUGCAAAAUCGACUUCGUUUAGGCCAGUUUAUCACUCAGCGGCAAGGAGCUUCCUUUGUCGAGAACUGGGUGGAUGGUUAUGCUUUUACGGAACUUAUCAAGAAACAAGAACAGAUUGCAACAGAAAGAGAAGAAAUAGAAAGGCAAAGAAAAUUGCUUGGCAAAAGAAAACCAAGUACAGCACAGCCAAAGGGUCGGGCAAAUAAUGGUACUGCUGUAGCUGUAGCAAAUGGAGAUUUUGCUAAGCCAGAUCCUCCAAAAGAUAUAAUUCAAAAAUUGACAUGGUUGGAGUAUUAUGAACAUGAAGAAAUUCUAAAGCUUAGGCAAGCUUCAUUAAAAAAGGAAGACACAGAUUUACAGGUGGAGCUUGAGAAGCUGGAACGAGAGAGAAAUCUUCACAUAAGAGAGUUAAAACGCAUCCAUAAUGAAGAUCAGUCUCGGUUUAAUAACCAUGCUGUACUAAAUGAUAGGUAUUUAUUGUUGAUAUUGCUUGGCAAGGGUGGUUUCAGUGAAGUUCAUAAGGCUUUUGAUCUGAAAGAUCAAAGGUAUGUUGCUUGCAAGAUACAUCAGUUAAAUAAAGACUGGAAAGAUGAUAAAAAAGCUAAUUACAUUAAACAUGCCCUACGAGAAUAUAAUAUUCACAAGUCUCUUGAUCAUCCUCGAGUUGUUAAGUUAUAUGAUGUAUUUGAAAUUGAUCCUAAUUC